AUGCCGCGGAAGGAUCGGGAUGUGUGGGACCCGCCAGAAGACCGUCCACCUGUAGAGGCACCGCCUUCUGAAUUUCUCCGUCACUUCGCCGAUCGCGCCGUACGUGUUGGGAAAGACGGUAGUAACGCCCAACUCGUACGUGUACACCAUGCAAAUGGAAAUCAACGGAAUACCGAAAAAAAGAAGAAUAAUAAUCAUAUGAAUACACAUCCCACACAUGAGAAGAAUAAUAAUCUCAAUAUUAUUACAGCCCCACGAAGGCGUGGUCAACAAACAGGCGGUGGUGGUGGUGGUAUUAUGGCUCCGGAUGAAUUACAGCGUAGAAGACGGCCUAUUAUUCCACCGCAGCAAAUACCAGGGAAUUAUAGUAAACCUAUGUGUAGUAAUAGUUUGACGUUGGGUCAGUUACCCGGUGAUGGAUCCGAUCGGGGAAGUGUGAGGAGUGUGGCCACCGUCAAUGGAGUGGUAUCUGUAAAUAAUACAUUAGUGGGAGGAGAGAAAAACCUUCAUCCUGUUGCGGCAACAGCAGCGAUUAUGCCACAACGUCUUCUUCCUUUAGAAAAAUCUCCUUCUUCACAUGGUGAAAGGAGAUCUCCUGAAGUUGUUUCUGUAGAACCUUUAGAGUCAUCUAGACCGGUAGAAUCAUUUACCUUUCCACGUGUACCUUUAGAGAAUAUGGGUGUUGUUUUACAAACAGGGAAGGGAUUAAAAUUACCGUUAGCUCGUCUUCCUCCACGUAAAAUGAAUUGGCAAGCGGAAGAAUUAAUGCCUAAACCAAAUAGAGUGACAACACAAACACCUUCUACAGAUACACUACAGAAUAACGGUAAUGAAUAUGUUCAUAGUACAGAUAUAGCCGGUCGUCCUUCAACGAUGCAAAGUUUAGAUAAUAAUAAUAAUGAUGAUGAUAAUGAUAAUAAUGAUAACGAUAUCCUAUUAGAUGAUUCCCUACCCAUUCCAUUAUAUCAACCCACUGGUUUGUUACUUGCAGAAGAUCCUUUUAACCGGAAAAAGGGAAAUGUAAAGAAAUCUGAAGCUACUACUACUUCUAAUACAAAUAAUGAUGUUCGUCUUGGUAAGAAAAAACCAGGUAGUGGAACAAAGAGGCCAGCCUCAGAUAAAGGACCAUUUGACCGCAGUAAUACCGUCAAGUCUAAUCCUUCACUAGAAAAACCGAAAACGAAAUCUGCACCUUCACCCGGUACAGUUCCUCUUUCACUCCGACUUCCACCUCUAGAACAACCACAACCACAUCAUCAGCAGCAACAGCAGAAAUCAAUACAGUGUUUACCAAAACAUUCAACUGCAUCUGUUAGUAGUGGUUCUGCAUUAACAGACGCAAAGGAUGAAGAGCAGGAAGAUGGAAAGAAGAAACCAAUAACGUACAAGUGUCAUAAUUUAAAAGAAUACAGAAUUUUGAUGGAACGAGUGGCAAAUCAGAAACGUGGAGGACUUGGACCAGCAGAUACGGAUGAACAACGUCAAGCCAAAGAAAAGAUGUUACGUCAACGUCAAUAUGGAGAGUUGGUAGAAAAACAAGCGGCUGAGAUGUUACGUGAAAAACAACAACAACGACUCCAACAACAACAACAACAACAACAGGGAUCGGAUGAGUCUGGAGAGAAUAGAGUGGAUACUCCCGCCGUGAACAACAAGUCCCCUCAACCCCAACAACCACCGCCGCCAGAACGAAUUCAGGCACAAGAGCGAAGAGCACGGGCAUUAGAGUAUGCACGAAAUAUACCGAAACCGGAAUUAUCCGUGGGAAGAAAACAACACCGUGAGGAUGAGUCCACGGCGGGAAUGGACUCCAACUCCCCACAACGACGGCGAACACCGCAGGAAGAGGCGGAAUGGCGGCGAGAAAAACGUCUGAUGGAGUUGGAAGCCAAACAUCACGUGGAUAGAGAACGAGUAGCGGCAGUGAAGAGAUAUUUGGGCUGCUAA